AAAAACAACAAUCGCUCUCUACAAUGGCGGAAAGGUUCUCUAGCGGCGAGGCCCAAUAUUGGCCCAUCUACGGUAGCUCCACCACCACCCCCACUGUUAGCAACAGCCCCAUCGCUUCGCUUUUCCAUCAGCUCCGAUCUCAUUCUCCAACCUCCUCGCAGCUUUUUGGUUUCCUCGCUCUCUUUAUCUCCACUGGAAUCCUCCUCUUGCUCCUCGGUGUGAGCGUCACCGCCGCCGUGCUCGGCUUCAUUGUGUUUCUUCCAUUGAUCAUCAUCUCGAGUCCGAUAUGGAUUCCUGUUUUUGUCCUCGUGGGCGGGUUCUUAACGGUCUCUGGAUUUCUGGUCGGAACGGUGACAGUCCUGUCUUGGACGUACCGCUAUUUCCGGGGAAUGCACCCGGUUGGAUCGAAUCAGAUGGAUUAUGCACGUAGUCGGAUCUAUGACACGGCCUCUCACGUCAAAGAUUACGCUAGAGAAUACGGUGGUUACUUCCAUGGCAGGGCUAAAGAUGCGGCCCCUGGUGCUUGACCUGAACCGGUUGGUAUAGUCUGGUUCAGGGUAGUAUUAACCGAUCCCGGUACGAUUUAUGGAGCAGGAACACGGUUCAUGGUAUUACUAUAUUUUCUUAUUUUGUUUCCGUUAUAAGAUGAAGAGGAAUGUCUAGUUAUGUAUAAGAACAUCGAGUUAUCUUGAAUU